AUGACGUCGAAUGCCGCACACGAUACGCCGUUGGACACUGCAGCCAAGCUCGUUGCAGACUUUGAAGAAGACGAGAUCGACUACGAAGGCCUCGGAGCUAAUUACCCGUUGCAUAUAAACAUGACUGCUGGAUCGCUUGCUGGAAUCACCGAACAUGCCGUUAUGUUUCCGGUGGAUUUGGUCAGGACACGCAUGCAAGUGCUCACGAACAACCCCGCCGCUAAAUACACAGGAGUCACCGAAGCGCUCACUCGUAUCAGCUCUGUCGAGGGCUUUAAAGGGCUCUGGAAGGGUAUUGCCUCGGUCAUUCUCGGCGCUGGUCCUGCACAUGCGCUCUACUUUGGCACGUACGAGAUCGUUAAAGAACACACGGGCGGAAAUCGCUCAGGCCUUCAGCUUGCCAGUACUGGAUUCGCCGGUGCCUCCGCGACGAUUGCUUCGGACGCCUUCAUGAACCCGUUUGACGUAAUCAAGCAGCGCAUGCAGUUGCAAGGCAACCACUUCCGCAGCGUGUUCCAAUGUGCCUCAGAGCUGUACAAGGCGGAAGGGCUUCGCACCUUUUACGUGUCGUAUCCCACGACACUGACCAUGACAAUUCCCUUUACUGCAAUCCAAUUUGCCACCUACGAAUGGGCGAAAAAGUUGUUGAAUCCACGCGAUUCAUACUCUCCCACGACCCAUGCGGUCGCCGGAGGUCUUGCAGGUGCGGCCGCUGCCGCACUGACCAAUCCUCUUGAUGUGGCAAAGACUGUGCUUCAAACACGCGGUUGCAGCAGCGACCCAGAGAUCCGCAACGUGAAUUCAAUGUGGUCCGCGUUCAAGCUGAUCAAGCAAAAGGAAGGAUUCCAUGGAUUUUGGCGCGGUCUUUCGCCGCGCAUUGUUACGCAUGUGCCUUCCAACGCACUUUGCUGGCUGCAAGGCUCUGCCUGA